AUGUCGGUAUCGUCAUUUGAUGAGUUAUUAGCUUUGUGCAAGGAAGACUUAGCAAAACAGGACACGAUACUGCGAAAGUCUAUACGGCCCGAAGAAAAGCUUUUUCUAACUUUAAGAUAUCUUGGGAGUGGCUGCUCGUUCAUGGAAAUCCAUUACUACUAUUGCCUCGGACAUUCAACAAUAGGUUCGAUUAUUAGGGCUGUAUGCGGAGCGAUAUGUAGGAAUCUAGAAUCCUGUUUAGAACAACCAAAAAACGAAGAUGAAUGGGAACAAAUAGGACUUGGCUUCGAAAAACAUGCUAACUUUCCACAUUGCAUCGGUGCCAUAGACGGAAAGCAUAUAAGGCCUAUUAAGCCGACCGAUUCUGGAUCACUAUAG